ACAAGUCCUUGGAUAUAUAUUCUCUAGUUCGGAGUUUAUCCGUAUUUAAUCCUGUAUCUCUAGUUUAUAGUUCAUGUAGGAGUAAAUACAUUGUUUUCAAUCUAAAAUAAUAAUGAGAUGUAGAAGAUGCAGGCAAUAGCUGGGCUCAGCCGGUCAAUCUCCAGGGCUCUAGUCCAGGGGGUUGUCCAGAGGUCACAGAGUACAGAGGCUACUCAAAAGUUGGCUGAUCAAGAUACUAAACUAGUUUCAGCUGUUAGUGGAUUCCCUAAACCUGGAAGCUCGUACAAUAUCGACAACAUACUCAAAGGCCAAAUCGGCGACGAUGCGUAUUUUGUCGCUCGGCACGUGGACGAAUGGUCGACAGACUUCGGGGAGACGAGCUCCGACGAUGUGGCCGAGGUUCGAGGGAACGCUGACGUGAUCGGAGUGGCAGAUGGAGUUGGAGGAUGGAGAGCAUAUGGAGUAGAUCCAGGACUCUUCAGUGUAAACCUGAUGAAGUGCUGUGAGAGAUUAGUUGUGGCUGGAUAUUUCUCCGGAAACCAACCUUCGAAACUACUAGCUCAGGGUUUCCGUGAAAUGCAGGAGAAUAAGCAGCAGAUAAUCGGGAGCAGCACCGCCUGCCUCAUGAUGCUGUCCCAUACAGAUCUCAAGCUCUACACAGCAAAUAUCGGGGACUCUGGGUUCCUGGUUCUACGACAGGGGGAGGUGGUUCACAGGAGCCAGGAGCAGCAGCACUACUUCAAUACCCCCUUCCAGCUCUCUCUACCCCCUCCUGAACUACAGAGCGAAGUGCUCAGUGAUAGACCGGAGUCUGCGGACCAGUAUGAGUUUUCUGUAGAGGACGGAGACGUCAUUCUAAUGGCGACGGACGGAAUAUUCGACAAUGUGCCUGACAGCCUGCUUAUCGAGGAGAUGAACAAGGUGCAGAACUGCAAGGACAGGUUCAGGAUACAACAGUGCGCCAACAGUAUUGCGCUCAUGGCGAGAAAACUGUCUAGAGAUCCCAAGUUUUUGUCUCCUUUCUGUGUGAACGCUCUAGCAGCCGGGAUAGUUGCUGAGGGAGGGAAACCUGAUGAUAUUACGGUUCUUCUUGCAACUGUCAGCCUAUAAUACCCACCUUCUUGUCAGCCUGAACUAUCCACCACAUUGUCAGCCUAAACUAUCCGCCACAUCUGUCAGCGUGUUAGCUUCACUUUUACACACCGACCUCUACCUUGCCCGACUGUUCUGAACAGCAGAGAAUCAAUCCUGUUUCUUAAAGAAAGCACCCUACCGUGUUGCUGUUUAUUAACAUAACUCAACAACUCUCUACGAGGCAUAAAGCUAAUUUCUAUGUUCCCCCUAUUCUGUGAACUGAUAAACUGUUAAAAAGCAAGGAAACUUGUAAACCUUUUAUAUGAUCCUUAUUAUUGCUGGAGUUAACUAUGAUUAGUUGAAUAUUUCUCAGUUGGAAAUUUGUGGAACUAUUAUUUGAUGUCAGCUUCGUAGCUUUUAUUGUAGUGAAGGUUAAACCUGAGAAAUCAAAUGUAUGUAAUUGCCCUGAGAUCUGUUUUGAUAAUCCUAGUGCACAAACAGUUGAGUAGAUUCUUGUAGACUGCUCCUCAAUCCUAUACUCCUGCUCCUCCAUCCUAUACUCCUCAACCUUAUACUUAAUUCUGCUCUUCCAUUCUAUACUCUUGAUCCUCCAUUCUUACUCCUGCUUCUUCAUCCUUACUUCUGCUCCUCCAUCCUGAACUCCUGCUUCUCUAUCCUCAACUCCUGAUUCUCUACCGUGAUCUUCUAAUUUUCUAUCCUGAUCUCCUGUUCCUCAUCCUAACUCUUGCUCUUCCAUUCUGCUUCUCCGUCCUGAACUCCUGCUCCUCUAUCCUUAACUCUUGCUUAGUUUGGACAGAUUAUUCCUGAUCCCACAGCCCCUUGCAUUGUGCAAUAAUUUAUUCAUUCAUCAUUCUCAUUAUUCAUCUAAAUUUUAUCAUCAUCCUCAUCUUUAAAUGUUUUUUUUUUAAUAUAUAUAUAUAAAUACAGGGGGAACAAGAAAUAAUGACCCGGAUUCCAUAUUAUUUUUUGAUAUACACGGUAUACAUUCUGAGUUGUGUUUUGGGCAUUAUUCCGUGUGUCCCCCUGUGGAGCUGCUAAUACACGUUUUCUUGGAUCUGUAGUUUUCAGCCGAUGCAUUUUGAUCUCCCAUAAAUAUUUAGUCCUGUGUAGUAGUAUCACCAAUAAAUAUGGUUAUGUAAA